AUGAAAACGUUACCUGGUGCUCUAGCUACUCUUGUCUUUGCAAUAAUAAUGAUUCUUUACUUAAUUUUUCAACUGCAAUCAAUCGGGCAAGUAUCUCAAAUAUUGUAUCAAUAAAAAUACCUAACAUUAGAAGAUCAGGCUUUUAACCUCACAUCAGAUAAUUUUUAUCUAGAAGUUGCUGUAAGUACAAAUAAUACUAAUGAGGGAAGGCUUGAGGCCAAGCUAUCUUUGCUUUUAGAACUCUAUGUAACUACCUUUGAUGAAUAAGGAAAGGAAAAAGAUAUUUCACGAGUAGUGCUCAUCCCUUGUGAUAUAUAAAACGAUAGAUACUCUAUCAAAUUAAGCUCAUAAUACCAGACUCAAGUUGUUUAUAAGGUCAAGAAUAAUGUGGUUUUAACAAGUUAAUCAUUACUUCAUGAGAGCUUAGAUCUAUUUUAAAAAAAGUUUAUAAGCUAUUAGCAAGCUUAAGUAAAUAGAAUACCCUUUAAUGAAACAAGAAAAUGUUUUCUAGAUGUUUAAUUCGAGCUUGAUGGUGAUAGCUAAUAGAUUAAAAUUAAUCGAAUUAAUCUAGUUCAAAUAUUAUCAAGUGUUGGAGGGUUAGCAGGAACUAUUUUUGCUGUAUUCAAGUUUUUUAUUGAGCCUAUUUCGACUUUUAUCUUCUAUAGGACAAUCAUCAAGAAGACUUAUUUAGUUGAUUCCAGCAUUUUAGAAGAUAAAGAGAAUCGCUAAAAUGACGAUGAUAAGUAAAAAAAGAAAGAUUAAGACAUAGAUAAUAAUAAAGAUCCAAUUCAAAAUAGAAAAGGAAAUAAUCUAUAGGAUAAAAAUGAUGAUAAAAAAGACGUUUAAUCCUUCUUUUUCUUGAUAUAAAAGCUACUUCAUAGAAAUCCAUUUUCAUAUCCUUUGAUGUUUGCGUUUAAAACAUAUAUUAAAAGUUUAAUCUGUUGCAAAAAGAAGUACAUUCAUCAGUAAAUAUAUAAUACUGGGAAAGAUAUGAUCGAUAAACAACUUGAUAUUGGUAUCAUUCUAAGAGAUUUGAGAACCUUUAAGAUGACAAAUAAUCUAUUGAUCAAUAAAUUCUAGAAAAAGAUGAUACCUUUCUUACAGCCUUAUCUAUUGAAUAAAAAAUUAGAAAGUAAAUAAUAGAAAGAAAAGGAAUAAUCUUAGUAAAGCAAAGAACUUAUAUUGAAAAAAUUCUAAUAAGAAAAAAUCUCAAAUUUAAUUGAAUUCUUCUCAAACUACCAGAAUAAUCGUCAUGAAGUUGAUAAAGUUAUGUUCGAUUAACUUUUGAAGGAUAAAGAGAAAAAUUAACACAGCUUAGAAAUUCAAAUGUACUCUGGUAUCCUCAGGUAAUACGUUGUUAACAAUUUGAAAGACAAAAAAACAGUAAAUAAAAAGAAAAACGAUUAAUUCUCUCAAUAUUAGUUUAAUUAAAAUCCGAUAAUAGUUUAAAACUGGAAUUAUUAAUCUGGAGUAGUUUAUUAUGGAGUCUAGUAGUAGAAUUAUGCCCAGAAUGAUGUGGAUUUAAAAUUCUAAGUUCCUAAUGAAAGCAGCUCGCACAGAUUAAAUAAUGCUGCUGAUAAUAUGGAGCUAUUAGAGUAAGAAAUUGCUGAAGAGGAAAAGGUUUCAAAUAAUAAGAUACCAAGGAUAAGUAUGAUUGAUAAAAAAGAAUGA